CUCGCCAUAUUAGACAUUCUCUGACCCCGCUUUAAAAGUUCGGCCAAAGCAAAACCUGUUUGUUAGGAUGAUGAAAGACAAACAGACAGGAUUCUUUUCUAAAACCCUCUGGAAACACUGCCACUCGUAUAGUGACUAUUUCUUUUCUUUGAUAGGUUUGAUAUAGUAUCAUCAUGGCCACUUCAACCAGUUCAAAACUGUGCAAAGCUGUGAAACAGCAGUAUAUGGACCUCCCUCAGGGAGACAAGGUUCAGGCUAUGUACAUCUGGAUUGAUGGUACCGGAGAGGGAUUGAGAUGCAAGACCAGGACUCUAGAUUCAGAACCUAAGACCAUUGAAGAUCUUCCUGAAUGGAACUUUGAUGGCUCCAGCACAUAUCAGUCUGAGGGGUCCAACAGUGACAUGUACUUGAUCCCACAAGCCAUGUUCAGAGACCCUUUCAGGAGGGACCCCAACAAACUGGUUCUGUGUGAAGUCCUCAAAUACAACCACAAACCUGCAGAAACCAACCUUCGCCAGAUGUGUAAAAAGAUCAUGGAUAUGGUGCUGAACCAGCAUCCUUGGUUUGGAAUGGAACAAGAAUACACUGUUCUCGGCACCGAUGGUCAUCCAUUUGGUUGGCCCUCCAAUGGCUUCCCUGGACCUCAAGGUCCAUACUACUGUGGAGUGGGAGCUGAUAAGGCCUAUGGACGAGAUGUUGUAGAAGCCCAUUAUAGAGCCUGUCUGUAUGCUGGAGUAAAAAUCUGUGGCACCAAUGCUGAAGUCAUGCCUGCACAGUGGGAAUUCCAAAUUGGGCCUUGUGAGGGCAUUGAGAUGGGAGACCAUUUGUGGAUGGCCCGCUUCCUCCUGCACAGGGUUUGUGAGGACUUUGGUGUUGUGGCCUCUUUCGACCCCAAGCCCAUUCCAGGGAACUGGAAUGGAGCUGGCUGCCACACCAACUUUAGCACGAAGGAGAUGCGCGAGGAUGGGGGUUUGAAAUACAUUGAGGAGUCAAUUGAGCGGUUGGCCAAGAGACACCAGUACCAUAUUCGUGCCUAUGAUCCUAAAGGAGGGCUGGACAAUGCCAGACGACUGACCGGCCAUCAUGAGACCUCCAACAUCAAUGAGUUCUCUGCUGGAGUGGCUAACCGUGGUGCUAGCAUCCGAAUUCCAUGAUCUGUGGGCCAGGAAAUGAAGGGCUACUUUGAAGACCGUCGUCCCUCAGCCAACUGCGAUCCGUACGCAGUCACUGAAGCUCUUGUACGCACGUGUCUGCUCAAUGAAGAGGGUGAAGAGCUUGUGAAA